AUCCGACUAUCAAAGAAUCAUUGCUUCAUUGAGUCAAGGCCUUGCAGAUGACCCAUGUACAAGCCUGCACCGCCUAGGCCAAAGAAGACCGAUAUCAUACGCUCGCGCGAUGGCUGUACUAGCUGUCGCAAGCGCAGAACAAAGUGUGAUGAGCAGAAGCCAGCAUGUGGGACCUGCGUAAGACUGGAGAAGGAAUGCGAAUAUGUGAAGCCCGGACUCAGAUUCCAGAUCGUGACUGGGCAGAGGUCGAGAUCCCCUUCGUCAAGUGAAACAUCCCCCAAUGCGACAGCACAAGAGCUGGCUGGUGACCAGGGCUCCAGCACUCAAACUAGGCAGAGACUCCGGAUCGAAACCGGCAGUCUGGUCAAAUCUCUGCAGACGACGGAGCGGGACAUCUUCUACACCACCUAUUGGGAGGACCGCUGUCUACCCGCCUUACACCCCGUCUUCCACUCUACCACGCUCCUGGUCCCCGACAUGUCGAUCAUUAGAGACGCGGUGCUUGCCCUGUCUUCCUGCAAUAUCAGCCGUCUCCGUGGCGAGCGUAAAGUAUUGACGACCGCAGUGAUGGGCCCGUGGAGUCCGAGCCUAGCCCACCAGAACGCGAGUCAUCUGUACUACUCCUCCGCGAUUCGGAGACUCGCUACGUUGACCUCGGUCGAUCUUGACCACAAUAAGACAGUCAUCCUCACGACGCUGGUGUUGUUCGCCCACCUGGAAUCGGCCAUGGGCAAUUUCGCGGGCUUCUGCUGCCACGUGCAAGGGAUUAUGAAUCUCCUGGAGUGGCGGCAGGGCGUCGCAGACCCCACGAUUAAAUCGCUCCUCACCUCGUGGAUGCAGAUCCGUUAUGUGGUCUGCAUCAUGUGCGAGUCCCAUCGCCUGAACUUCAAUGCUGUGCUUCAGUAUUGCCGGGGUCAGAUGAGCCCCCUGGGAACUGGAGAUGAUCCAGCUACGUGUAUCUCCCGACUCCGCCAACAGGCUGCAAAACUAGACGAGUGGCGCGCGCACCUCCCGCCCGCCGAGCAGCCCAUCUACGGCCCUAUCGACCCGACCGGCAGCCCGACCAUCCACUUCUCCUCGCACAGUGCAGCACUGAACUACGCAUACUACGUCGUAGCGCGCAUCAUGCAAUGCAGUGGUUUUCUUACCCUCCUGCAUAACCCACACUCAACCUCCCUUGACUAUCGCCCCCACGAGGAAGACGUAUGGGUCCCAACCCUCGUCCGCAUCGCCCAAGGGACCGACAUGCAGACCUCCCUCACGCGCAACAGCUACACCAUCGGAUUCACAGGCCUGCUUCUGGCGGGUAUUCUGCGAUGUCGAAACCUGUCGGUCGGGCUGGAGAUCGAGCAAUGGUUGCAGACGCUAUUAGAUUUGCAGCCGACCGAGGAAGGCGCGUUCCCUGUGUACCAGACCCUCAGCGUGGUGCAAGCGAUCAACCGGCAGAGGGCGGUCGGGCGGGAUGUGUUUGCCGUGACGCAGCCGGUGGACGAUGGCGGAGGGUCGCCCAAGGUCACGGCAUAUAAUAGUCAGUCGAUUAGUUGUCUUGUGUUUCAUGGGUACUGUCGACAGAUAGGGGGUGUUUUUGAGGAGUGUGUUGUUUUGGGGGGGGGGAGGUUUUGUUCUCGUGUCUUGAUGCCUCAGGUGUCGGUAGUCCAGCGGUAG